AUGCCUUCACUUCGCCUCCACUGGUGGGAUGCGCCUGGACGUGCUGGGGAACCCACGCGGUUGGCCCUCACUGUGAAGGGUGUUCCUUUUGAAGACGUGCGGUACAGCUUUGGCGAAAAAGAGCGCGCGGAGGCAACUCGUGCAAAGUCGCCGUACCGGCAGUUUCCCAUACUGGAGGUGGAUGGAGAAGCCGUUGCGCAGUCCAACACAAUCUUGCGAUAUGUCGGUCGCCUCACUGGGUUGUUGCCGGAGGAUCCCUUAGCAGCCGCACGUCUUGAGGCCAUCAUGGAUUUCCUGGCGAUGGAUGUGGAACCGCUGGCCCUGUGCAACCAUCUUCAGGGCGAGGAAAAAUUGGCUGCCCGUGUGGCGGCAGCUGCAGAAGGAAGUGCCUUCCGAAAGCGCCUGGGGCAGCUGGAUGCGGCCAUUGCUCCUCUCAUGGGCCAGGAAGUGAACAUGGCGCAUUUGAAGGUCUUCUGUGAGACGAGUGCGUUCAUCUCCGGUUUCUAUGAUGGCUUUCCAGCCAACGACACGCUCUUUGACGGCUGCGAUAACAUCAAGGCCUUGCGAAAGCAGAUUGCAAACAUGGACGCGGUCAAAGCCUACUAUGAGGGCAAAGGGGGCCUCUACGCGGCUUUCGCACCCUCGAGCCUAUGA